GCGUCACUGGUCUCAGCUUGGCCUGAUGGCCUCGACACCUGGUCGCCUGGCGGGCUGCCCCGAUUGCGCUAGCCCCUAUCUGAUCUUAGCGCAGGAUCGCCCCGGAGCCCGAGCGCCUUCCGUUCUGGGCCUGGCACGGGAUGAACUGCUGAUUCUUUCCGCCCGCCGAUCGAAAAGAAUGAAGCUCCGGGAGGCGACAAGAAGUUCUUGAUUUUCCCUCCCUCCCUCCUCUUCCUCGUUCCCAUUGACACCAUGAAUCGGCUAGGCAGACUCUCGCUGCCGCUUCGGCCUCAAGUAUGUCUGCUCUGUCAGAGCCACCCAACCAUUUCCUCGCCGCUGUCCGGAGGGCAGGCCGUCCGCUCCAUGGCCACCCUCCGACAGCGCCGCCAGGUCGCCCGCAUGACUCUGUCCUCCAACGUUGCCAAAUCAUCGGUGAAGCCCGGUCGCUCCAAAAGGGACCGUGGGGGACCGUUUGCGGGCAUGAACCAGACAGAAGCGCGCCUUGAUACGCCUCGGUCACGAUCACGGUCCCAGGCGGCGUUGAAGCGCUCCGGCGACUCUGAAGACGGCAAGCAGAACAAUGACAGUCCUCUCUACAAGGCACUCAAGAUGCAGACAACAUUGGCGCCUGUAUCCUACGGUCGCAGGACCGCCAUCAAGUCGAAGAUCGCGGAAAUCUCGAGUUUCGACCAGUUUCCUCUACUACCAGUCGUGCGCCACUCGAUCUUUUCCCAAGCUCUCCCCGGUCUCGCGGAUGUCGUACCGACCCCGAUCCAACGUCUGGCUAUCCCGCAACUCCUACAAGACUCCAAACCGAGAAGAUCCUCGAGAGACCUUGAGGACGGCGCCCCUAAUUAUGAACAAUUCCUUCUGGCUGCUGAGACCGGCUCAGGAAAAACGCUGGCCUAUCUAAUUCCAUUGAUCGACUCCAUGAAGCGCCUGGAAGCGGAGGACAAGGAAAUUGAGAAGAAGGAAGCGGAACAAAAGGCCAGGGAGCGGGAAGAGAGGCUCAAGAACCGGGCUUUCGACGUUGAACCGGAAGAAGCGCCGCUGUCGAAUGCCGGAAGACCCCGGGUGAUUAUCCUCGUCCCGACAUCUGAGUUGGUUGCCCAAGUCAGUGCCAAGGUCAAGGCGUUCUCGCACACGGUCAAAUACCGGUCAGGAAUGAUUUCCUCCAACCUGACCCCCCGUCGCAUCAAGAGCACACUCUUCCACCCGAGCGGCAUUGAUAUCCUCGUUACCACACCCCACCUGCUCGCAUCGAUCGCAAAGACCGAACCAUAUGUGCUGAGUCGUGUCAGCCAUCUGGUUCUCGAUGAAGCAGAUUCGCUCAUGGAUCGAUCCUUUUUGCCCACGACGACCGAGAUCAUCGACAAGACGGCACCAUCCCUCCGCAAGCUCAUCCUCUGCUCCGCCACUAUCCCCCGCAGUCUCGACAAUCUCCUUCGAAAGCGCUAUCCUGAUAUCAGACGACUGACGACUCCGAACCUGCAUGCUAUUCCCCGUCGCGUCCAGCUGGGUGUGGUGGACAUUCAACGGGACCCCUACCGUGGCAACCGCAAUCUGGCCUGCGCCGACGUGAUUUGGUCGAUCGGCAAAGCGGGCGACACGGAACCUGUGCACCCCUUCUUGGCGCAAGCCGGACCAAAGGUCAAGAAGAUCCUAGUGUUUGUCAACGAGCGCGAAGAAGCGGACGAGGUGGCCCAGUUCUUACGCUCGAAGGGCAUCGACGCCCAAUCACUCUCUCGCGACUCCAGCAGUCGUAAGCAAGAAGAGUUGCUCGAGGAAUUCACCGAGUCACCCCUCCCCCCUACCGCCGAGGAAAUUAUGUUGGCCAAGAACAAGCGUCGACAGGAUAGCGCCAUCCCCUUCAUCUUCCCCGACCAGAAAAAGCAGGGCCCGGAGCGCGGACUGCCGAACACCAAGGUGCUGGUGACGACCGAUAUCGCCUCGCGUGGUAUCGACACUCUGGCUGUCAAGACCGUCAUUCUCUACCACGUCCCGCACAAUACGAUUGAUUUCAUCCACCGUCUGGGCCGUCUCGGUCGGAUGGGCAAGCGCGGCCGUGCCGUGGUGCUCGUGGGCAAGAAAGACCGCAAGGACGUGGUGAAAGAAGUGCGCGAGGGCAUGUUCCGCGGACAGGCCUUGAUUUAAAGCAACCCCAAGCAAGCAAGCAGCAAAUUAUCUGUACUAUUACCCCCUCGGCCAGUCUAACUGGCCUUUGACGAACCGGCGUUCGGAAACGGCGAUAAAGGCGAAUCAUAUGAACCUCAACACGCAUGACUCGAGAAUCAGG